UUCCGGUUAUUUUUUUUUAUGAAAAUCCUUUUUUUAAAACCAAAAUGUCUUACCUGUGUGUAUGCUACAAUGAAUUAAUUUGAUUCACAUAUUUUGCAAUUAAGUAAAAACUUGAGAUGUCAGACAAACCAUUGGUCAUAGAUGUCAAUGGUCAUGAUAGCAACGAUUUCCUUGGAAAUGGAAUGGACAGCGAUUUGCUCAGUCCAAAGGAUGCCCCAAAGCCAUCUAUGCCAUGGUUUGGUAUGGACAUUGGAGGAACACUAACCAAGCUGAUAUAUUUUGAACCUUGUGAUAUCAUGGAAUUAGAACAACAAGGGGAAAAAGAAACACUUAAAACUAUACACAGGUACUUGGUCGGCAAUAUAGCUUACGGAAAUACGGGUAUAAGAGACACACAUCUAGAAAUGACAAAUCAGCAGAUUGGUGGUAAAAAAGGGACCUUACAUUUUAUACGAUUUCCUACCAGUGAAAUGAAUGCAUUCAUUAAUUUAGCCAAAUCUAAAAACUUUUCAACUUUAGCUUGUGCAAUAUGUGCAACUGGCGGUGGUGCUUAUAAAUUUGAAACAGAGUUUAAACAGAGAAUAAAUUUAACACUACAUAAGUUUGAUGAACUAGACUGUCUCAUCAAAGGUAUUCAUUAUAUAGAUCGUAAUUUUCCAUUAGAAUGUUACUAUUGGAAGGAUGCAGACAGUGAUAAACCAAACAGCUCGAAUAAAGUUCCGUUUGACUUCCAUAAUCCUUAUCCUUAUCUAGUUGUAAAUAUAGGAUCAGGUGUCAGUAUCUUAGCUGUUCGAGGACCAUUUGACUAUAAAAGAGUAUGGGGAUCAAGUUUGGGUGGAGGAACAUUCCUAGGUUUAUGCUGUUUAUUAACUGGCUGUAAUACUUUUGAAGAAGCAAUAGCAUUAGCUGCUGAAGGGGACUCACAUAAAGUAGACAAACUAGUCAAAGAUAUAUAUGGUGGGGACUAUAGCAGAUUUAACCUCAAAGGCGCAACUGUAGCUAGCAGUUUUGGUCAAAUGAAUAUACAAGAGAAAAGAGAGCAAGCUUCCAAAAGUGAUUUAGCUAGAUCAACACUUGUAACAAUAACGAAUAAUAUAGGUUCUAUAGCAAGGAUGGUGGCUACAACAGAGAAAAUAGAUAAGGUUGUAUUUGUAGGAAAUUUUCUACGUGUAAAUACUAUAUCUAUGAAGUUAUUAGCUUAUGCUAUGGAAUAUUGGUCAGAUGGUGCUCUAAAAGCCUUGUUCUUAGAACACGAGGGUUACUUUGGUGCAAUGGGUUGUAUAAUGGAGUAUGUGUCUAUGAGUCAAAAUUUCUCUACUUUUAAUUAGCAUUUAUAAAAAUGAACUGUGAUAUUUGUGGGACCAUUAUAGAAGUCAGAAGAGAAAAAUCUAAGAAAUUUGUCAUCUUAUUUGGGUUUGCUAUACAUACUUCUGGGUAAACCAUUUCAUUCAUUUUUAUGGGCAUAAGUGUCUGACAGAUAGUCAACAAAAAAGUUUGUAUCAAACAUUCAGAAGGAAUAUAUGUUCAGGUGAUGACAUAUGCAAGUAUGUAUGUAUGUAUGUAAAGUUCAGCAGCAUAAUUUUUUUGUAUUUCUUUCUUUGAUUUAAAUUAUAUUACUUACAGAUGCUAGAGUUAUUUCCCUUGCAAACAUUUAAUGUUUCAUUAGACUGAAUAAUGCAUAAUUUUUUUUCUUUAUUUCCAAAUUUGACCUAUGAGUUCUUUGCACAGAAUAUUCUUAUAGACUGGUCAAUUUAAUUAUCUUAAUUUAGUAACAGAAAUUAAGGAAUUAUUUUCAUGUAUAAUUCUUCAGAAGAUACAUGUUAUUUAUCGACAGUGCAAGACCCUCAUGGGAAGUCAAGGUCAUUUAACACCCCCUUGUAGCAUGUUAUUUUUCAAGUGUUAAGAUACUUAAAAGUUCAACUGCAAUUGUAAUUGAUGGCUAAUGUGUUCUCCAUCUUCUUUUAUUAUAUGCAUUAAAAAGUGUGAUGCAUCAACACAGACAACUCUAAUUAAUUUUGAAAAUAAAAGUGGUAUUUUUUCAAGAAAAUGCAUAAAAGAAAAUGUUUCAGUAAAAGAUAUUAAUUUUGUUUGAAAUUUUUCUUUUCAUCACUUAAAAAAAAUCUAAUGUCAUCGUUUAGAAUGUAAAAUUUUGAUCAAUCUGCUACUUGAAUUUUAUAGAGCAAAGUCUUCCUUUUAUUGUUUUUAUAUUAGACAAUUUGUUUUUUUGUGAGAGGCUAACGUGAUGUUUUUAUACAGAAUGAUGACUAAUUUAUUUUGUACAAACAUCUAAGAGCUUUUCCAGUUUUCAUCAAAAUUAAGAAUUAAAAAAAACUAUUAAUUAUUGAGAGCGUUGAUGGUGCUUCUAUGAAAAGAGAUUCGACAUAUGUUGCAUAGAUGAUUUUCAUCAAAUGCAUACUUUUGUUUGGUUGUAUUAUUUUUUUUCUUAGGUACAUUACAUUUAUACUGAAUGUGAAUGAAAGAUACAAAUCAUUAGUUUAUUCUUAUCAAAGGAAAUAACUCUUAGAUACAGGAGAUAACUCAUGUUAAAUCAAAAGGCAGGGGAUGUCUGUACGUCAGUUUGUAGUUUUCGUCUAACUGUUUUGAUAUAUUUGUACCAGUAUUUUUUAUACUGUAUGGGUAACACUGUAUAGAUAUUAUUACAUAAAAAAACCUGUUUAGGUUCAAGGUUUUUCUUUUUAUGCCAUGUCUUUACUAGUUUUAAAACAAUACGUCAAAAGUUAGCAAAGAUCUGUUUUAGUUUAUUUUAUUCAUUUUGACAUCGUUACUUUCUGUUGGAAAAAAAAAUCAGUUUUAUUUGCCUUAAACACUUUCUUUUAUCUUUUUUGUCAGUGAAUGUUCAAAAAUUCCCCUUAAUUUUCAAAUUUCUAGCUGAUUUUGAAAUGAGCACAGUAUAAUAGAAAUUAAAGUUUUUGAAAGCUGGUUUUUAAUAUAAAAACUUUAAAGUUUUUUUUUUAUAUUUUAUAAUUGUGUAAUUCAUGUAUUUGCUUCAAAGUGUUGAGAUUUGAGUGUUAUUCAAUCAGUGCAGCAAGUAUUUUUUUUUUUAAUUAAAAGCAUCAAAAUUGCUUUUACACAAAUAGAGAUAGCAACGAAAAAAUUAAUCAGAGAUUUAUCUUUUAAAUAUAAUUUCACAAAACAAAUGUUUUGGAUCAUUCAUAGUGAAAUCUGUACCUCUAUUUUAUAAACCCUUUAUUUUUUAUUUGUUAAUAAGAAAAGUGAGGUGAUCAUUCCAUGUAUAAUUUGUUACGUAAUUUAUUUUAUAUAGUUGAUUUGUAGAGUUAUUUUAGAUACACAGAGUUAGUGAGAAUAUAGUUUGUCUUUUAUUUAUUCAAUUUAUGUUUGAUCACCAUUUUUUUUUACCCUGUCAGCUGUUCCCUCUAUUUUCACAUUAUUACAGUAAUCAAAAUAAUUAUCAAUUUGUAUAUGACUUCAUACUUCCGUGUUAGGAUUUGAGCACUUCUGAUCAAGAGAAAUUUAGAAAAGUGGUUUAAGCGCACAAAAUUCUUAAAGUUUUGUUUUCAUUUAUAGUCAUAUUCACACUAUUUCUGUAAAUACUGUUCAAAUGAAUUUGCUAAAAUGGGAUUACAUUUAUGGAUGAAACAAGAAAUAAUUCAAUUGAAAAGAAUGUAUACACAACAAAUAUGAUUUUUAUUGUUUUGAGGUUAUAUACUUUUAUUUUCAUUUUUAAAGGAAAUGGCUACAAUCUCCACAAAACAUGGAGAUUUUAUUGUGUAGAUAGGAAAAAAGAAAACUGUGCAAAAAGUACUCUGCAAAAAAGGUUUAGUCUUAAAAUAUUGCCUUUCUUAAACUUCAUAGUUAAUGAUUAUAUCUAAUAGAUCAAGUUGCUUUCACUUUAUAUACCAAUGCACAGGAUAAAUUAACAAUGAUAAUUUUAUAUCUUUCAUGGUUUGAUGUAAACAGCCACAUAUGAGUCAAUAUAAUUAUACUAACUAUCUUCUUUUAUUUAAUACACAGUGAUGACCCAUUAUUAAGCUCAAAAUUAUAUAUAUGCCAAAUUUAAUUUUUAGUCGUAUAUUGGUAUCACGUUCGAAGACAUUUGGUUUCCAGACAAUAACUUUAGUAUUAGUAAAUAGAAAUCUAUGAAAUUUAAUCAUAAGGUUUAUAACCACAAAAGGAAGGUUGGGAUUGAUUUUGGGGGUUAUGGCUCAAACCGUUUGGGAAUUAGGGGAAAAAAGUGAGAAAAAACAAGGGUGUCCUGGUUAAUGGACAAUUACUUAAGUACAAAUUACAGUGUAAGGGAGGUAAUUCAAUCACAACUUUGAAUUACCUCCCUUACACUGCUUUUAAAUUAUGUAUAAAGAACUUUUGUGCUCGGCGAAGCAAUUUAUUUUAUUUGAUUUUAUAGAUAUAAUAAAUCUUGAUAUAUUUGAACAGGGCAGUAUUUAAAGGAGUUUGAAUUCAACUUAUUUCAAUUUUUAAAUUGUUCAACCAUUAUCGUAACUCAUAAUAAUUUCAUCUUUCUAUAGUAUGUUCAAAAUUUUGUUUAUAUUUGAAUUUUUUUUUUUUCUAUUUAUAACAUUAUUUUUUAGAAGUUUUUGGUUUCUUUUUUACAACAUUUCACAAUAGAGUCCUAUAGUAAUUUGUAAAAUUGCAAUACUGUAUUUUUUUUGACUAAAUCAUUCAUAUAAAACUAUGUUUUUUUCCCAAAAGAUAUUUUGAUGGUAUUUUAGGUUGGGUUUGAAUAAACUUGGUUCCAAUAGAAGCAGAAUUUUCUGAAGUAUGGUUGUUUAUUUGUUUAUUAUUUUGUCUUCCGUUGUUUUUGUUUUCUUUGUUUCCUUUAUCAUCAGAGAAUGAGAAUGUUUCAUUACCUCAUUACAAAUAUGUAAGCCAAAAAACAAAUAUAUUCGAAACAAUUUUGCAUUGUAUGAUUAUCAAGUUCAUAAUCAUCCAACCAGAAAUAACCACAAUAUCUUUUAAAAGAAUUGUAGCUUUAUAUGAAAUUUAUAGCAAAAAAUUUAAUGUGACAAAUAAUUUGUGCAUAACACAUCAUCCUAGUGUUUGCAUUGUGUAAUUGGGUUCAGAUAUAUUAAGGUAGCUUCAUACAAGAAUUUGUAGCACAAUAAAUCAAGAAGUGACUAUGAAUCAACAAUCUUUAACGACUUCUGGUUUGAUAACACUGAUGCUAGACUAUCAGUCUAUGGUAUCAUUCACCCACCAGUCAAUGCUUUGGCACUUGUUAAUAUUUAUUACACACAGUAUGUUAUUAUCAGAGAAAAGAUUUUGUGAUUUUGCAAAAACUUACAGUUUCAAAUUCUUUCAAACAAAAUUGACUAUAAGGGUACUUCCCUUUAGGCUUGAUUUGUAAUGCAGCUGUUUUUUAUUUUUGACCGUUUGAAUGUUACUGAUGAAGAGUAAUUCUGAAAAGCAAUUUGAACACAGCAAAUUCAGUAGGUUUGAAGACUGUUAGAAGAAAAACAACAAUUAAAAAGUUGUUCUUCUGCUUUUGUUUAUUUCCAUAUGUACAGGGAUUAUUUCAUGUCAUGAAGGUUUUAUACCAUAUCCAUUUGUUUUAACUUUCAUUAAGCUUUGUAUCAAAUUAAAGAGGAGGAGAACACUUAUAUAUAACUGGUUGUUUUAUUUUACAAUAAUUGUGUUGAAAACAUCAUACAGAUAUUGCUUAUAUUUUUUUCCUUUAGAAAGUUGUAAAGACUUACCUUAAUCUUUUACCACAUUAGAAGUUUGAGAUUUGAUUUUUUUUAAAUGAAUGUAUUUAUAAAAGCAGAUGAGACACUGCACAAAUGUUUUCUUUAAUUUAGUGGUAUUAUCCAUGAUUCUACAUGAUCUUUGAAUACUAAGGAAACAGAUAUUUUCAAUGGUUUGUGUAAUGUCAGAAAUUAAGAAUUUAUUGAAAUCCAUGAAAAAACUUUUUUUUUACUAUGAAUAUUGGUACCAACUAACCAAUACUUUUUUUAAAGUCACAAGUGUCAGAUUUGUAGACAUACAUAAGUAAUUGCUAUGAUGUAUUUCUCAUCCUCCAUAUGAACCUUUCUGUACCUGUAAUGUUUAUCAUUGUUGGUCAAAGGGAAUGUCUAUUGUUGUCAAGGAAUUGACCUGGUAAUGUAUUUUUAUGUAUAAUUAUAUAUAUUAAAAAUAGAAAUGCUUUGUCAUAUAUAAACAGAAUUUACAUUUAUAGAACUAUAAAACAGACUUUUGAUUUGUAGAAUUAUAAAACAGACUUUUGAUUUAUAGAAUUAUAAAACAGACUUUUGAUUUGUAGAAUUAUAAAACAGACUUUUGAUUUGUAGAAUUAUAAAACAGACUUUUGAUUUGUAGAAUUAUAAAACAGACUAUAGAUUUGUAGAAAUCAUUCUAACUAGGCAGCAUGAUCUUAUUUACCUAGGAUUGCAAGUUUUCCUGCAGAUGGUCGUGGUUCUCUCUGGGUACUCUUGUUUCUUCAACUAAUAAAAACUGGCCACCACGAUACAGUAAGUUGUGCUGAAAGUGGAGUUAAAUACUAAUUAUCAAUCAAUCUAAUUAGACAGAGAGCAUAAAUAUUUUUCAUCCCAGAGAAUCAUUUUUUCCAGACAUAUUUGUAACUUAUGGUAAAUUUGUGGAAUUUACCACAUUGUAAUUAUAGCCAUUCAAAUGUCAGACAGAGGUAAUGAUUUAUAUAUUAUUUUUUUAUUCAGUUUUGUAUAAUUUAUUGUACAAUUUUAUUAUCAUUUUGGUUGAAAAAAAGAAAGGAUGAUAAA